AUAAGCGAUUCAUUUCACCUUCCCUAAACCUCUCUCUAGUGGAGUAGAGAGAGCUUAAACCCUAUCUCUCUCAUCCCUUCCAUUCACGCCGUUGCAACCCUAAACACUUCCGGCGAAACCCAGUUCAAGUUCCCCUUGAUGCCGCUCGUUUCACUGCAAACCUACUACCGUUAACUCGGAUAGACAGGUUUUUAAGUCAUUUCCGUUUCAUAUUUACCCUAUAUAUCUAGCAUGCCAGUCAAGCUCCUCCCACACCUCCGCCUACUCAACCCAUCUCUUCCGGUGACCCGUUUCUCUGCCAUGAAUCCCAACACACCCAUCAAACCCUCCCGGGUCAUCCCCAUUUUCUCUCGGAUCUUUCCAUUGAAGCUCAGGUAUCAAUCCCGCUCGAAAAAACUUGGAGGGCUUCCCAUUUUAUCCACCCAGCGACCACCACCACCGCAACAAAUUGGUGUUAGUCGAUUCUCGACUCGCUCGUUCCGACCCAGGGCGGAUUCGAGCUCAGAGGUUAGGGCUUCCAAGAGUCUGAUUGAGGACGAGGCUGAACUCAGUGACUGGGUUAGUGAGCUGAAGUCUGACUCGUUUCGUACUCGCUUAAAGAGCGACGAUGACGGUGACAAUGAUUCAGGCAGAGAUAGGCGUAGGCCUAGAGAUGAGAGAGGCGGGAGGGAUGCAGGCUCAUCGUUUAAGAGGCGAAGGGAGGGUGAAUCGGAUGACUACAGGGUGUCAAAUAGGAGGAGUCCCCGGGACUCAUUCCAGUCAUCUCCUCGGAAUUCGACGGGGAAAGGGCGGUUUGGUAGUGAAUUGAAUGGAAAGAAUGAGAGGUUUACAUCGCCAAGGAGAGAGAAUGACUCAUUCCAGUCAUUUCCUCGGAAUUCUACAGGGAAAGGGCGGUUUGGUGGUGAAUUUGAUGGAAAGAAUAAGAGGUUUACAUCGCCGAGGAGAGAGAAUGAUUCAUUCCAAUCAUCUCCUCGGAAUUCUUCAGGAAAAGGGCGAUUUGGUAGUGAAUUGGAUGGAAAGAAUAAGAGGUUUACAUCGCCGAGGAGAGAGAAUGACUCAUUCCAGUCAUUUCCUCGGAAUUCUACAGGGAAAGGGCGGUUUGGUAGUGAACUUGAUCGAAAAAAUGAGAGGUUUACAUCACCGAGGAGAGAGAAUGAUUCAAGCGCGGGGAAGAAUUUUUCAAUGGAGAGGAGAGGAGGGGUGAGAGGUUCAGAAUCUGGGUAUGGGCAGGGAGGAGGGGCUGGUGGUGGUGGUGGAGGAGGAUUAAAGAGAAGCGGGAAAGGUCAGCAAAGGGGAGGUUUUGUUACAUCGGAUGAAGAAAUAAUUGAUGAUGAUGAUGAUGAUGCUGAUGAUGAUGAGGAGGAGGAGGAGGAGGAGGAGGAAGGUAAGUCAAUGGCUAGGUUUGGCCAAUUGAUUAGUGAGGAAGAUAGUGAAGAAGAUAGUGAAGAAGAAGAUGAUAGUGAUGACGAGCUUAAGGAUGGAAGUCUUUUCUCUGGAUCUACCAAUGAAGAAGAUAGUAGGUCCAUUAAACCCAAAUCUUCACCUGGAAAGAGUGAUUCCUACCUUAGUGAGACCAGGUUUGAUCAAUGUUCGAUUUCUCCCUUGUCAUUAAAAGGAAUCAAGGAUGUUGGAUAUGAGAAGAUGACUGUGGUACAGGAGGCAACACUUCCUGUCAUUCUCAAAGGUAAGGAUGUUCUCGCCAAAGCAAAAACUGGCACUGGGAAAACUGUAGCAUUUUUGCUUCCAUCAAUUGAAGUAAUUGUAAAAUCACCACCUCUUAGUCGCGAUCAAAAGCGACCCCCGAUUCUUGUGCUUGUAAUAUGUCCAACUCGAGAGUUGGCUAGUCAAGCUGCUGCUGAGGCUAACACCCUCUUGAAGUAUCAUCCUUCUCUUGGUGUUCAAGUUGUGAUAGGAGGUACAAGACUUGGGCUGGAACAGAAACGUAUGCAAGCCAACCCUUGCCAGAUCCUUGUAGCUACACCUGGAAGGCUCAAGGAUCAUAUUGAGAAUACUGCAGGAUUUGCAACUCGGCUGAUGGGUGUGAAAGUCCUUGUGCUUGAUGAAGCUGAUCAUUUAUUAGACAUGGGAUUCCGUAAAGACAUAGAAAAAAUCAUAGCUGCAGUUCCAAAGCAGAGGCAAACGCUUCUGUUUUCUGCCACAGUCCCAAAAGAGGUCCGUAUGAUCUGCAAUAUUGCUUUGAAAAGAGAUCAUGAAUUUAUCAAUACAGUUCAAGAGGGUACUGAGGAGACACACGCACAGGUCAGACAGAUGCAUCUUGUUGCUCCUUUAGAUAAGCACUUUUCACUGCUCUAUGUUCUGUUGAAAGAGCAUAUUGCAGAUGACCUUGAUUAUAAGGUUCUUGUAUUUUGCACAACUGCAAUGGUGACUAGACUUGUAGCUGACUUUCUAGGUGAGUUGAACUUGAAUGUUCGAGAAAUCCAUUCUAGAAAGCCUCAGAGUUACAGAACCAGGGUUUCUGAUGAAUUUCGGAAGUCAAAGAGUCUUAUUCUUGUGACUUCCGAUGUUUCUGCACGUGGAGUAGACUAUCCGGAUGUUACCCUUGUUAUACAGGUGGGCGUGCCGUCUGAUAGAGAGCAGUAUAUACAUCGGCUUGGUAGAACUGGGCGUAAAGGUAAAGAAGGACAAGGGAUACUGUUAUUGGCACCUUGGGAAGAAUUCUUUCUAUCUACCAUUAAGGAUUUGCCAGUUACAAAGGCUCUGGUACCUGCAGUUGAUCCAGACAUGAGGAAAAAGGUAGAACGAGCAUUAUCCCAUGUAGAGAUGAAGAGCAAAGAAGCAGCAUACCAGGCAUGGCUUGGUUACUACAAUUCCAAUAAGAAUGUUGGACGCGACAAGUGCAAACUUGUGGAGCUUGCAAACGAGUUUAGCCGUUGCAUGGGGCUCGACAACCCUCCAGCAAUUCCCAAGCUCGUCCUCGGCAAAAUGGGCCUCAAAAACAUCCCUGGCUUGCGUUCUAAAUAGAUUUGUAGCUUUGGCUGUUCUGGUAAAUUUAAAUUUUGAUCUUCAAAUGGAAAAAUUCAUGCCGAUCAUUACAGAUUUAUUUAUUUAUUUUUGAAAGGACGUGAGAGUAUUUCACAGGUUACUUAACCAAAAGAAUAUGCAAAUGUUUUUGGGAAGUUGAGUGGCAGCAAUCCACCGCCUACUCUUGUAAAUUCCAUAAUCUAGUUACCUAUAUUUUCUUUUUGGGAAUUUAAUAACAUUUGUAAUAAUGUUUUUUUAUUUGCACC